GUGUAUGUUUGUUUCCUCAAUUCUAGAUUUCAGUCCAGAAACCACAAAAGUCCUUCAGAGAGCAACACAUGGCACCACUGGUCUACACCAUAAGAUGAACCCCAGCAGAGGAAAGCGCAGUGGGAAGACUUUUCUGUUCACGUCCGAGUCUGUGGGGGAAGGACACUCCGAUAAAAUGUGCGAUCAGAUCAGCGACGCCGUCCUGGAUGCUUACCUGAGUCAGGACCCGGACUCCAAGGUGGCCUGUGAGUGCGUGGCAAAGACUGGCAUGAUUUUACUGGUUGGAGAAGUGACAUCUAAAGCCAUCGUGGAUCUCCAGUCCGUCGUCCGAGACACCAUCAAGAAGAUCGGCUAUGAUGACUCGUCGAAAGGUUUCGACUACAAGACCUGCAACGUGCUGGUGGCCCUGGAGCCGCAGGCCGAGGAGAUAUCGGACUGUGUGUUUGAAGGAAGAGAUCAGGAGGACAUCGGGGCUGGGGACCAGGGCCUGAUGUUUGGCUACGCCACUGACGAGACAGAGGAGUGUAUGCCUCUAACCCUCCUGCUGGCUCACAAACUCAACCACAGGAUGAGGGAGCUUUCGCUUAACGGAGAGUGUCCUUGGAUACUACCAGACUCCAAGUCACAGGUUACGGUGGAGUACCGAGACAGCGAGGGCUCCCUGGAGCCGCUUCGCGUCCACACGGUGGUCAUCUCCGUGCAGCACAGCCCCGACAUCACCCUGCAGGAGAUCAGGCACAACCUGAUGGAGAAGGUGGUGAAAGUUGUUGUUCCUGCCAAGUAUCUGGACGAGAAAACCGUCUACCACCUGCUGCCGAGUGGCAAGUUUCUAAUGGGAGGCCCACAGGGUGACGCAGGACUCACGGGACGUAAAAUCAUCGUGGACACCUACGGAGGGUGGGGCGGCCACGGAGGUGGAGCUUUUUCCGGGAAGGACUACUCCAAAGUGGAUCGGUCAGGCGCCUACGCGGCCCGUUGGGUCGCCAAGUCUCUGGUCAAAGCGGGGCUGUGCAAGAGGGCCCUCGUUCAGAUCUCGUACGCCAUCGGCGUGAGUCACCCGCUCUCCAUCACCGUCUUCCACUACGGCACGUCGGACAGGGACGAAGACGAGCUGCUGCAGAUAGUGAAGAAGAACUUUGACCUCCGACCUGGAGUCAUUGUGAGAGAGCUGGGACUAAAGCGGCCGAUUUACCAGGCCACGGCCUGCUACGGUCACUUUGGAAGAAAAGAGUUUCCAUGGGAACAACCAAAGAAACUUGUGUUUUAACUCUAGAUAUUAACAGAUAUGCCCAAGAUCAUUAGCAAAAUACGCUUUAGGGUUGUUGAUUUAUUUCUUUGUUCACUAAUGAAAUCACAGAUGAGGAUUUAUGUAAACCGUUUGAUAUGCAGUCGUAGACACCCGAUGAAGACCCGUCUGUUUAGCAUAUUCUUAAAAAGUCUUAAAUUCACGUAUCUAAAAUGAAGGUCUUAAGAUGUCUUGAAUUCAUUUUUAAAAAGUAAGUAGGUCUUAAAUGUGUUAAUCACAGCUCUUAAAUUUUGUAUUCUGUGUAGUUUAAUUUUCUCGUGAGACUUUUCUGUCAGGCAAACAUUUGCGUCGCACGCAGACAUCAUCUCAUUCUGUGACUGGAGGCGGUUGAGGCUAACGCUAACUACCUGCUAAUAAAAUAGGAAAUGGUAAUAAACUUAAGACAUCUUUACACAUCCUGUAAAUGGAUUUAAUGAUUCUCCGUCAGAUUUUUUCUUUUUUUUGUUGUUGAACUUUGAAUAUAUUCUAUUGUGAAUAAAUUGUGAGCAA